AUUGCGGCGAUUUAUCCCGGCUAAACUUGUGGCGACGCUGACAUAAUUAUGACGGAACCAAGGCAUCCAAGUUACCACGUUCUCGCCUACCGUGCUUCACGUUGCUUUCCACCACUAUUAAGUCCAAUAUAUGAGCACACGGCCGCUCUCCCUACACGUCUCUGCGCUUAGUGACGGCGAGUACGCCGCAUAUACCUCGAUUCUCGAUGGCAUCGCACCGGCAGACGACGAGAACUUGAAUGUGCGAGAGACCAGAGCAUGGCUAAGGGGACGAUAUCCCGAUGCCCCGGUAGACAAUGUGCUCAAGAUUUUCUCACCGAAGCUGGCGUUGAAGGACACAUUGACGAGAGGACAGUUCUACGUCGCGAUGCGCCUUCUCGCGCAUGCGCAGGCGGAACCGGGACGAGAGCUGGAUCGAGGCCUGGCAUUUAUCCAGCCCCAACUACCCUCACCGCCAUUAUCAGCCUCCCCGCCGCCUCCUUCAACUUCGCCGCCGCCGCAAACUAAUCCAUUCACGCCUGGUCACCGUCCCAACAACCCUUUUACAGCUUCUCCGUCGCGAAGACCAUCGACGACGUCCUUGCCACCGCCACGACCACCUUCUAUCUCUCCCACACGGCGACCACCACCGCCUCUAAAACCGGCAUCAACCUCACUGCCUGCUACACCAGCACGACCAACGGCCCGAUCUACUUCACCUAACAAACCGUCUAUAUCCGCUCCAGCGCCAGAUCUUCCCCCACGCAAACCCAGCAAACCCCUCCUUCCCCCUCCAAAGAGGCCUGCCGUACCGCCUAAGCCAUCCGUAAAUGGCCCAGUUAUACCUCCGAAACCUUUGUUACAUACCAAUGGGAAAGUGCCGGUUCACACAACAGUAUUAAUGAAGCAAAGUCUGCAGGCGAGUAAACAAGGGAGUGCAAUGAAAAAGGCCGAGGAGAUGCUGGAACGAGAGAGGAUUAUUGGGGUGCUGAAAAGCUCUUCCAAUUCUGUGCCAUUGCAUAACUCCAAUAAUCCCUUCCCAGUCAAAAAGGCCAGUAGUUCCAGUUCCGACAGCGGUAGCAGGAGCGGAAGUGCGAGUGGAAAUCCACUUCCCAGCCCACCGAUGUCUGUGAGCUCCUUGGAACAAGUUGCACUGGCCACAGCCAAGUCGGGACCGCCUCCACGACACCCAGCGCUCAGUGAGGAUGGAAGUAGACCGCCGCCUCGUCAUCCAGGACUCAGUGAUGACGGAAACAUUGGGCGUGGACCUGCGAGUGUCUCAACUGGAACGUUAGGUCGGAGCAAGACCCUUCAUCAUCACUCAUCCUCAACUUCUUCCAUGGGUCUCAGUGCAUCCACCAUUGGACUUGGGAGCCGAAGGAAGAGACCGGAAAGUGUACAGCUUAUAGCAAGGGAAGCUGAAGACGGAGUGGCCUUCCUAUCGCGUCAUGCUAGCUUAGGUCCUGGUCUUCAGAAAAAGCUUCACGGACUUCAAGGAUUUGUGGAAACCCAUGAGCGGAGAGAGUGGGGAAAACGUGGCGUGCAGGAGGAGAGAGAGGGUCUGAUGUACGAAGAAAGACUUCCGAACGGAAGGUGGGGUGAUACUGUUGAAAGUGCUGAAAGUGGAGCAGAGACACCGACCGUUGAACUCGAGAGGGACAACCUGAAGUGGCCAGUGCAGGAGGACGAUGGAUGGAAACGGCUAUAAUAUUAUGCCGCUAGCUUUGGAGAGGUAUUCGUAUUUUUCGUGCUUCAUCAUGCCUUGUGUAUACUACAAUAUUACUUAUCUGAAGAACCUGCAGGUUACAUGUAUAUUAUUAAAUAAUACUCAUACUGGGAGAUCGGUGCAAUCUAGACAUCUGCAGUCAUCGAUUCU